AUGAGAAGCUCAGUCUCAGAAAGUUUGCGCACGCUGAUUACCCCAUCAGCUCCGAUUGAUGGUGGACGUUUCAAUGCCGUUUGGAAGAUCAUCACGGGUGAUGAGACCUGGUUGUACAAUUUCGACCCAGAGACUAAGCAACAAUCGGCUCAGUUGAAGCCGAUUGGUGGGGCGCUAUCUCAGAAUUUCCGACGCGAGCACAGCGUGGCAAAGAAGAUGGUGGUUAUGUUCAUGGUCAAAACCGGUCAUGUGGCUACUGUACCGCAUGUAUGGCAAAGCACAGUCAGCAGAGGUUGA